UACAGGGAAAGAACAGUAAAACUGGGGAGGGGUGAAAAUGCUGCCUGAGUGCAAAAUAUCUUAGGCGUGGUUUCAGUUCUUUCCUUACACAGCAAAAAAGGCAGCAAUAAGUGCAGAGCAGGUCUUGCGACUGCCUAAAGGUCAGCCAAAUUUAAGUUUAAAGUGACCAGACACUUUGAAAUAUGGCAACUCUCCGCAAUAACAGUGAGGAGAAUUUGAAGGAGGUUCAACACGGUGCCAGCGUGAGGGAGGAACCGGAGGAACCUACCACUCAGACAUCUGGCACUCUGGUUCCACAUGAUGUGCUGUGUGACUCGUGCAUGGACAGCCCCAGCAAGGCCCUGAAAUCCUGCCUGACCUGUCUGGUUUCUUACUGUGAGGCCCAUCUCAGACCCCAUCUGGAGAACACCAAAUUUCAAAACCACCGCCUGGUGGACCCCCUCCACGACAUCGACUGUCGGACUUGUGAGGUUCAUCGACUUCCUCUCGACCGCUUCUGUCUGAUGGACGGCUGCUGUGUGUGUCUGGACUGCGAGAGCCAGGAGCACAAAGGACACACGAUUGCAUCUGUACGGGAGGCACGCAUACAGAUUGAGACUGAGAUGCGGAAGAAACAAGAAGAGAUCAGUCAGAGUACCUCAGCAGCUGAGAAAGCAAUUAAAAAGCUGCAGAGCAACAAUGACUUAAUUAUGUCUUCAGUGCAGGAGAUCUGUGUUCUUGUUGAACAGCAGUUCUCCAGAAUGCAGACAACUGUGGAGGAGGCCGAGAAAAGGGGCGAUGGAAUGCUGGAGAGAGAGCAGAGACAAGCCCUCAGACAGGCCGAUGGAAUCCAGGCACAUCUGGAGCAGAGGAGAACAAAGCUGAUGAAAACAUUGGCUCAAAUGAACAAAAUGUCCAAGAUCAUGUCUGAUGUUGACUUCCUGCAGGAGUACUCAGAGUGGAAAAAAGGAGUAGCAGAUGCAUGUUUGCCCAAUGUGUACAUCAACCGCAUGGACCAUCUAACCUCUUAUGUCCAAGUAGUGACUGAUGCUACACAGGAGCUGUGUGAUCUGAUUCUCUCCUCCUACAAGGACAAACUGAGCAUGUUUUGUAAAGGUGGUGCUAAAUCCCAGAUGCCGGAAUCUCUUUCAUCCGUGCCAGAUCCUGAGACCCGAGAGGACUUUUUGAAAUAUACAAGAAGUUUGACCUUUGACCCAGACACCACCCACCAUUUCUUGCGUGUAACAGAGGACAACAGAAAGCUGACCAACACCAGCCCCUGGCAGCACAGCUACCCAGACCACCCUGAUCGCUUUGAGUAUUGGCGGCAGGCAAUGACUUCACAGAGUAUUUACUUAGGGAGGCACUACAUUGAAGCAGAGAUGAGCGGGGAAGGAGCUCACGUGGGCUUCACGUACAAGAGCAUCGAUCGUAAGGGAGAACAAAACACCUGUUGCAUCACUGGAAAUGACUUCUCAUGGUGCAUGGGAAGGAACAGCCGAGGUUUCUUUGCCUGGCAUGCUGGUCUGGAGACAUCCUUGGAAGUUACUGAUAUAAAAAGGAUCGGCUUAUAUGUUGAUUUUCACCAAGGUUCUGUGUCUUUUUAUGAUGUUACUGGUCCUAUGAGGCUGCUCCACAAGUACAAAGCUGAUUUCAUAGAACCCUUAUAUGUUACUGUCUGGCUGUCAAAGAAAGACAAUGUAGUUUCUCUGGUUGGUGCAAAAUGAUGCCUCCUCCCAUGUCAUACUGACAAAUUACCAGCUGUCAUCACUAUUAGCUUAUGAAGGAGAAACAGCGCUCUAUAAAUGUUUAUUGAGGUUACAUAACAAAGUUGGUACAUACAGUAUGUAGGGUUUUUCUCAUAAGUGUCAUUGAUGGUUUUACCACCAUAUAGUGGUAACUCUGCAGCAUUAAAAUAAAAAACCUGUGUAGCAAUGGGUGUGUUAGGAAUUUACUGCAGCUUUAUUGCAACUUAAAUGCUCAUGAAUGUGAUAUGAAUGAGGAAAAGAAGUACACAAUUGCCUGCCAACAGUUCUUUUAUUGUCUUAUAAGUUCAUUUGGUUAUUAAAAGCUUCGGUGUCUGUCAGAA